CCCCAAACCAACGUUGAUUCCUUAACGCACGCGUGGAGCCUUUCUACGUCAUCUCUGAAUUGAAUAUUGAUAUGAUGCAACAGUAUUUCUCGGUUGACUUUGAAUGCGAAAAAAUCGUUGCCUGACCAUCGGGUCUUGCUUCUUUUAGAGAGCAACAUCUCCAUUUUUCGUUUCUAAAGCUUUUAUCUGCAGAGCUCCCAACAAACACACUUCGAGUGAAAGCUCCAAUUUUCCCGAGUUUCUCUUACGUUUUCUCUCCCACUUCCCUGGGAAAGAGAGAAGGAAAAUCACACCCGAAAGAGAACAGAGAGGGGGGGUUUUGAUUUGAUGGGUGUUUUGUCAAACCUAAGAGGGUCAAAAACGGGGACGACGACGGCGACCCAAGAUGGCUUGCCCAUUUCAAAUGGGUUUUCGUCGAUACCCAAGAAGAAAUGGUCCAAUCUGAUGCCUCUACUGGUGGCUAUUGUGGUCGUGGCAGAAAUCGCCCUCCUGGGUCGGCUCGACAUGGCCAAGAACGCCGCGCUGGUCGAUUCCUGGGCCGACUUGUUCUACCGGUCGCCGCCGCAGGACGAUUUCCCGUUGGAGUCGUUUGCUAGCGAUCGGGUUUCGGAGCCGGAGAGUUGCGAGGAGUGGUUGGAAAGAGAGGACGCUGUUGUUUAUUCAAGGGACUUUGGGAAAGACCCCGUCUUGGUUACUGGCGCUGAAAAGGAGUGGAAUUCUUGUUCUGUUGGGUGUCAGUUCGGAUCUAAUCCCAGCAAGGUUCCUGAUGCUGCAUUUGGUUUAGCUCAAACAACUGGAACAGCUUGUGUUCACCGAUCAAUGGAAUCAGCUCAGUACUAUUCAGAGAAUAAUAUUGCUCUGGCACGACGGAGGGGAUAUAAUAUUGUGAUGACAACUAGUCUUUCAUCAGACGUUCCUGUUGGAUAUUUUUCCUGGGCUGAGUAUGACAUCAUGGCACCAGUGCAGCCAAAGACGGAGAAUGCCCUUGCUGCUGCUUUCAUUUCAAACUGUGGUGCUCGCAAUUUCCGCUUGCAAGCUCUUGAAGCACUUGAAAAGACUAAAAUCAAGAUAGACUCUUAUGGUGGUUGCCAUAGAAACCGUGAUGGAAGAGUGGACAAAGUAGAAACUCUGAAACGCUAUAAAUUUAGUUUGGCUUUUGAGAAUUCCAAUGAGGAGGAUUACGUCACUGAAAAAUUCUUCCAGUCUCUUGUUGCUGGUUCUGUCCCUGUGGUGGUUGGUGCUCCGAAUAUUCUAGAUUUUGCUCCUUCUCCUAGUUCAAUUCUACAUAUCAGGGAGCUUGGAGAUGUUGAGUCAGUUGCCAAGACCAUGAAACACCUCGCAGAAAAUCCCGAGGCUUACAAUCAGUCAUUGAGGUGGAAGUAUGAGGGUCCAUCUGAUUCUUUCAAAGCGCUUGUGGAUAUGGCAGCAGUACACUCAUCAUGCCGCCUUUGCGUUCACCUGGCAACAAUUAUUCGAGAGAAAGAAGAACAGAGCCCAGGGUUCAAGAAACGGCCCUGCAAGUGCACCAGAGGCUCAGAAACUGUGUAUCAUCUUUAUGUAAGAGAAAGGGGGAGGUUUGAGGUGGAGUCCAUUUUUUUAAGGUCUGGGAAUGUAACUCUGGAGGCCUUGGAGUCUGCGGUGCUCUCAAAGUUUAGCUCGCUGAAACACGUACCAAUUUGGAAGGUGGAAAGACCUGAAAGCAUCAGAGGAGGGGAUGAACUAAAAGUCUAUAGAAUUUAUCCUGUCGGCAUGACACAGAGGCAAGCUCUGUAUACCUUUAGAUUCGAAGGGGAUGGUGAUUUUAGAAGCCAUGUGAAAAGAAAUCCUUGUGCAAAGUUUGAAGUAAUAUUUGUCUAGAUUGAAGUUUGCUCUCUCAACUUCAAGCUUGGACUUGCUGAUUUCAGCAUUUUCUGCUGAAAUAUUUUCAGAGGUCAAGGUGCUUUCAUUUGAGCAUAAUGUUUUCAUCAUAUGCUUCAUCAUCUUUGUACAUGUUCCGGUAACUGAUGAAAUGCAAGAUUUUAGGGAGGAAAAUGACUAGAGUAUGUACUGAGAGGGUGAGCCUCUUGAUGCAGGUGGAUCCUUAAGCAUAUUGGAAAUAUUCUGAGUUCAUAUUUAAACUCUUAGGCGCAUGAGAAAUUAUUUGGGACAGUCCAAUUUGAUUUAAGGGUAUCCCCUUUGUAGAUCAAUUAUGCUCUAUCUUGAGCAUCCUCCAUAGAACCUUGA